AUGUCCAACCCAGUUAAAAAAGUGAGACAAGGAGAAAAAUUGUCUCUGAAAACCACAGGAAUCCAGAUCAAGGCAUCUCAUGAUCUCAGGAGGCUUCAGUCCCUGCUUGCUAAGAGCAGCCCCAGACAAGAGGUGGCAGCACUGAGUCACAGUAAAGUACGCAACAGCGGAGCCAGCAGAUCCCAAAGCCUGCAUCCUCAAAAAAACGCCAAAACACACAAGAGCGAGAGCGACAUCAGCAGCGAAGCAUCUGAGCUGGAGAAAUUCAGCGUAACGUACAGAGACCAAAGAUGUUUUAGCAGCCACCCACUUCACAAACUCUUCUCUGACAUCCUUGCUUCUCUGGUCAAGAACCGACUCUGCAGUGAAUGGAUUGACCAUGCAGUGCCUGAAUCAGUCCUCCGAGUUUUGAUAUGCCUCCGAUUGUUGAUCAGAGAUCCCCACCAUCAGAAAAUCCUCCAUCAGCUCCAAGGCAUUAGUUUACUUGCCAAGUAUAUGCAGUCUGUCACUGCCAUGUACGUAUCUUAUGGUGAACAGGCGUUUGCCGUGCAGAAGCUGGUCACGAUGACCUACAUGUUUCAGAAGCUGUCUGCUGUUGAAAAUCAAAGGGUCUGGGUCAUUGAGAGUGGCGCUCACAGGACUCUGGUGAAGCUCUUAUCAACGACAGAUAGCAGUGUGCUGCUGGGAGCCCUGCUGGCACUCACCACCUUGGCUGAGAGUCCAGAAUGUAAGGAGGAGAUUGGGGAGCCACCGAUAGUCGAGAAGCUUCUAGUAAUACUGCAGGAAUAUGACCUGCUGUCAAAAAGGAUGAGCGCAGAUCUGCUGAGGCUCCUGUCCCCGGUGCGUCAGGUCAGGGACCAGGUGAGGGAGCUGGAGGGGCUGCCAGUGCUGCUCAGCCUCCUGCAUGGUCAGCACCUGAAGCUGCUGUGGAGCAUCGCCUGGGUCCUGGUCCAACUCUGUGAGGAUCCUGACACCAGGACAGAGAUCCGGAGCUGGGGCGGGGUGCAGCCGCUGCUCCGUCUGCUCAGCAGUGACAGGGAGUAUGUCUCUGACCGAUCGUCCAUCGAGACGCUCUCCAGCGCCAACGCAGCUGGCCGCAUCCAGAGAGAGCACAUCAGAGAGGAGCUCAGUCCGCAGGAGGAGGUGGACAACACUAUGGCCCUGCAGUCAGCCUGCUGCACAGCUCUGACUGAGCUUAGUCUGGAUGACACAUCUGCUCACCACAUUGUGCAAGAAAAUGGGGUCUAUAUAAUAGCAAAGUUGAUAUUACCACAAAACUCAGGACCAAAUGUCACAUCAUUACAGUGUUAUGCACUUCGGGCCCUCCGGUUUCUGUUUAGUGUGGAAAGAAAUAGACAUCUGUUUAAGAGACUCUUUCCCACAGACCUCUUUGAGUUGUUUAUUGAUGUUGGCCACUAUGUGCGGGACCUCACGGCCUACGAGGGACUUCAGACCAAAGUUUCGCUCUACACAGAAGAGGAACUGGACAGCCUGAGAGAGAGUAUUGAGGCUGUGAAUCAGAACCGGCCCGCUCUCAAAGUGAUCAACGGAUACUCAAUACUCGACCAUCUCGGCACAGGGGCAUUUGGAAGCGUCUUCAAGGUCCGAAAGCAGAGUGGCCAGUAUCUUCUGGCUCUGAAGGAAGUGAACCUCCACAACCCCGUCUUUGGCAAAGACAAGAAGUCCAGAGACAGUAACGUGGAGAAGAUCAUCUCUGAGCUCACGAUCAUCAAAGAACAGAUGACACACCCAAAUAUUGUUAAAUAUUACAAGACAUUUUUAGAAGGUGACAAGCUGUACAUUGUGAUGGAGCUGAUCGAGGGAGUGCCUCUGGCUGAACACUUUAACUCUCUGAAGGAGAAGCAGCAGCAGUUCACAGAGGACAGAUUAUGGAAUAUAUUCAUUCAGAUGUGUCUGGCUCUGAGAUACCUGCACAAGGAGAAGAGAAUCGUUCACCGCGACCUCACGCCAAACAACAUCAUGCUGGGGGAGAAAGACAAAGUCACCAUCACUGACUUCGGUUUAGCUAAGCAGAAGCAGGAAAACAGCAAGCUCACGUCAGUGGUCGGCACCAUCCUUUACUCCUGUCCGGAGAUUGUGAAGAACGAGCCGUACGGGGAGAAAGCUGACAUCUGGGCUUUGGGCUGUAUCCUCUAUCAGAUGACCACUUUACAGCCUCCGUUUUACAGCAACAACAUGUUGUCACUGGCCAACAAGAUUGUCGAGGCCGUUUAUGAGCCGAUUGAAGAAGGAGCUUUCUCAGAGAGAGUCGUAGACAUGAUCAGAUGGUGUUUGAGUCCAGAUUCAGACAAGCGGCCGGACAUUGUGGCCGUCAGCUCCCGGAUCUCUGACCUCAUGAUGAGGCUGAUGGAUGGUCUCUACACUUCCCAGAAUGCAUUGGAGAGGAGAGCAGAGAGAGACAGGAAACGAGCGCAGAAGUACUUCCUGGAAAGACACAAAAACAGGACAAACUGCUGUUACUCAGUCCUGUCUCAGGAAAAAUCCUUAAUGAAGACCUCAGAAUCUCCAGCUCCACACUGUUCUGCAGCCUGCAAGCAGAAUAUCAGUCAAGAUGAUGCCUCAGAUGACGACGUAGAAAUGUCCAUUAACAAAAUCACGACUGACUCUACAGGAGAACAAUAUGGAUCGAUGUCCAGGCCCUCAGUUACACCUGACCAGAUUGAAGCUGGUGGGGAUUUUACUGCUGCGAGGAUGAAACCAAAACCAGUGUCAGCAGGGAUCUGCGUCUCCCAGAAGAAGCUUCGGCAGAUUGACGAUCCCAUCCAGAGGCUUCUCAUGCAGCUGCACAAAAUCAUAUACAUCACUCAACUUCCACCAGCUCCGCACCACAACAUCAAAAGACGGGUCAUUGAAAGGUUUAAAAAGUCGCUCUUCCACUACGACAGCGACCCACACAACCUGAAAGUGGAGCUCAGCAAGCUCUUACAGGCUUCUCCAGAGCUGAUGGAGUUGGGCUCUACCAGUUCAGACUGGUGGUCAGUGGUCCACCACUUCACAGGAGACCCCCAUGCUGCAGACAGCUCAGAUGAUGGAAAUCUCAAAGAUGGUGUCACUUAUGAACAGAUGCAGGGGAUCGUAGAAGAGUUGCUGGAGGAGAGCAGCUACUAUGAAGCAACACACAUCAGGAAUACAGAGAAAAGAAAUUACCAAAAAAGAAGUGACCAUCGUCCGUAUUCAUCCUCAUGAGUCACAGAGGAAUCUGAAGAGACAUGAACGUUAACAUGUCACUGUCCGUCUCAGGCGCUGCUUAUUAGUACAGAUGUGAUGUGACUGAAUCUCCAAAGAUGAAUUAAUAUAUAUGCACUGAACUAUUCUGAGUAUGCACAUGCAUGUAAUGAAGCGUGAUUUGUUUUGUUGUUGACACAUAUCAA